UCAGACUCCCAGCUGCAGCCAUGGGGCAAAGGCAGCUAACUCUCGGGGUGCUCCUGCUGGUGGCGCUGGCGGCCGUCGCAACAACGGCAGACGCGGUGACCCCUGACCAUCCUCUUCUUCGGAACAAGCGUGCCCUUCGCCUCAACGUGCCCUGUAUCGCCAACGGGCAGUUCUACCGAAACCCCAACACAGACCCUGAGAAAGUCCGAAACCUCAGCGAGUGUGCUAAAUACUACCUCUGUUUAGAUGGCGAAGUGUACGAAUUCAAGUGUUCGGUGGGUCUGCUGUUCGACAUCGAUCGCCAGAUCUGUGAUUUCAAGUCUAAAGUGUUCAACUGUGGCACUCAUAUCCAGCUGACGACGCCGAAGCCACUCCUGGACACGGACGAGCCCAUCUGCGGCUACGGCGAGUACGCAUGCGCCGACAAGACCUGCCUGCCGUCCGAGCUCUUCUGCGACGGGCAGGUUGACUGUUACGAUGGCUCUGACGAAGGCUGGUGCGACGCCGAAAACGACCCGAACGCCGCCCCCCGAUGCGACUACAAGAACUGCACGCUUCCUUGGUGCUUCUGCUCACGGGACGGCACCCUCAUCCCCGGCAACAUGGAGCCUGCGCAGGUUCCCCAAGUCAUCUCAAUCACCUUCGACGAUGCGGUGAACUACGAGAACUGGGAUAUUUACAAUCAGCUGUUCACCGAGUCGAGAACCAAUCCCAACGGCUGUCCUAUCCACGCCACGUUCUACGUCUCUCACGAGUACACCAACUACCAAUACGUCCAGAAGCUGUGGAACGACGGCCACGAGAUAGCGGUCCAUUCCAUCACUCACAAAGGUCCCGAGAGCUUCUGGAGUAACAACGCGACCAUCGAGGAUUGGUUUGACGAGUUCGUAGGCCAAGCGAACAUCAUCAACCGAUUCGGAGGCGUCAGGAUGGAAGAUCUUUGGGGUGUUCGUGUGCCGUACCUCCGAGUGGGAUGGAACCGCCAGUUCAUCAUGAUGCGUGAGUUUGGCUUCGUGUAUGACUCGUCCAUGGCGGCGCCCUUCUCGAACCCGCCCGUCUGGCCUUACACCUUGGACUACAAGAUGCCCCACAAGUGCCUGGGUACUGGCCAGAAGUGCCCAUCGAGGCCCUUCCCUGGCAUCUGGGAGCUUGUACUGAACCAGUUACAGACAGGGGAAUACACAUGCGCCAUGAUGGACCAGUGCCCGCCCUUGCCUGACGACGAGGAAGUCUACCAAAUGCUCAUGCACAAUUUCAAACGCCACUACAACAGCAACAGGGCCCCUCUAGGCCUAUACUUCCACACCAUUUGGUUUAAAGUCAAGCACAACAUGAAGGGAAUGCAGAGAUUCCUGGACGAGGUGAUGAAACUCCCGGAUGUGUGGGUCGUUAAUAAUCAAGAGCUCAUUCAGUGGAUGCGCGAACCCGUUCCGAACGCUCAACUGAACUCGUUCGAACCUUGGAAGUGCUCGAAAACAGUUCCUCAGGAAGACCAGGCCUGCAACAUCCCUAAGUCUUGCAAGCUGAGGAACCGGGCCGUCCGCGGGGAGAGGUACCUGCACACCUGCUACGAGUGCCCUGACAUGUACCCGUGGCUCAAGAACGAAUUCGGUGUCGAUCUCUAGGAGGCUAGACACUAAGCGAGCGAGUUCUGCCUGCUUUUUUUUUAAGGAUGAUAGAUUCUAUAGUGUGGUGAGAGAGUACGUUUCCAUGGAUACUGUGAACGCGAGACAGCUUGUCAUAAAACGCUGAAAAUACGAACACACGAACAUGAACACAUACACGAACACACAUGCAUGAACAGGAACACACACAUGAACA